AUGGACAAUUUAAAACAACCCAAACUAAUGAGCAUGGAUGGAGACUUGGCUCUAAACUGGAAAAAAUUUAAACAAGCAUUUGAAUUAUACUUACUGGCUUCGGGAGGUUCUACAAAAGAUGAAAAAAUUCAAGUAGCAGUAUCUGAUGAGGAAAAGAAAGUAUUGAAAACAUUAUUGGACAAAUUUGAAGCAUACUUUAAACCAAAAACAAAACCAAGUCUAGAAAGACUUAAAUUUAACAUAAGGGGACAAGCAAGAAACAAAAGUUUUCAUGAAUUUUUGAAAGAUCUGAAAAAAAUUGCAGCAUCUUGUGAUUUUGGAACAUUAAAAGACAGCCUAAUUAAAGACAGGUUAGUUUGUGGUGUUAAAGACAAGCGUAUAAAAGACAAGCUGCUUCGUGAAGACGACAUGACAUUGGAAAAAGCUGUAACAAUCUGCAAGGCAGCUGAAUUAACUGAAAAACACUUGAAAGAUAUCUACGAUCAAGUGCAUCAGUAG